AACAGAUACAGAGAGGAUCAAACUAACCAAGCGACGUCCCAUGCUUAACGACCAUUCUGUAUACUCCAACCGCUACUAGUUUUUAUUCUUUCAUGGCUUAUCUCAACGACCCAAUCCAGCAAUCCCUAAUUCUACAUGUUCCUCCGAAAAUCACAUCUCUUCUUCAACUUGAAGCACUCUCUCUGCUUCUUCCACUCCCUCCCGUCCCAUUCCUACGCUCCACCUUCACUUCCUCUUUCACCACCCAAACCAACAAAACCACCGCAGCUCUCCUUCCUUGCAGACAAAUGCACAUCCAUGAACCAACUCAAACAAAUCCAUGCCCAGAUGAUCGUCUCCGCUCGCAUCCACGAUAACUACGCCGCUAGUCGUCUCAUCUCAUUUUGUGCUCUCUCACCUUCAGGCGAUUUUAAUUACGCUCUAAAGCUCUUCCACAACACUGGCGACCCCAAUUCUUUUAUGUGGAACACCCUCAUCAGGGCCUUAGCUGAUAGCUCUAAUCCUUCCCAAGCUAUUUUGCUCUAUGCCAGGAUGAGAAAAAUGGAAGUAGUUCCUGGUAAGCACACCUUCCCGUUUGUCCUCAAGGCUUGUACUAACUGUAACUCACUGUUGUCAGGUAAACAAAUCCAUGCCCAGGUUACUAGAUUUGGAUUGGAUUUGGAUGUUUAUGUGGUUAACGGCUUGAUGAGGUGCUACGCAGUAUCAUCUCAUAUCAAUGACGCCCGGCAGCUGUUUGAAGAAGCUCCUGAGAAAAAUUUGAUAGUUUGGACUACGAUGGUUAGUGGGUAUGCGCAAAAUUUUUGCUCAAACGAGGCGUUGAUGAUGUUUGAUCGAAUGAUCUCAGAAGGGACUGAGCCCAAUAAUGCAACUCUGGCUUCUGUAUUGUCUGCCUGUGCCAGAUCGGGCCGUCUGGACUUGGGAGAACAGAUUCACAUCUUUGUAAAAGUCAAAGGCAUGGAUAUGGGAGUGAUCCUUGGCACGGCAUUGGUACACAUGUAUGCCAAGAAUGGAGCGAUUCUGAUUGCUCGAAGAUUGUUUGAUGAUAUGCCUGAGAAAAAUACGGCUACUUGGAAUGCUAUGAUAUGUGGGUUAGCUGUUCAUGGGCAUGCUCAGGAGGCUCUGGAACUUUUCCUGAAGUUAAAGAAAGAAAGAGUUGUUCCAAAUGACAUCACCUUUGUAGGAGUUUUAUCUGCUUGUUGCCAUGCUGGCCUGAUCGAUAUCGGUUGCGAUACUUUUCAUUCCAUGAAGAGAGAAUAUGGGAUUGAACCCAAGAUCGAGCAUUAUGGUUGCAUGGUUGAUCUUCUUGGACGAGGUGGGAGAUUACUUGAAGCUGAGGAGUUGAUAAAAGGGAUAGUGUGGAAACCUGAUGUGGUUGUUUUGGGUGCACUGUUAGGGGCCUGCAAGAAUCAUGGGAACAUUGAGAUUGCUGAGAGGGUGGUGAAGGAGAUUCUUCAACUGGAACCUAACAAUCAUGGGGUUUAUGUCAUUUUAUCUAAUAUGUAUGCAGAGGCAGGCAGGUGGGAAGAUGUUGUUAAGUUAAGAAAGGUGAUGAAAGACGGAGGUUUGAAGAAAACACCAGGUUGGAGCCUUGUGGAUGGUGAUAACUAAUUUUUUUUUUUUUUUUUUGCCGGCAGAGAUAAAAGACCAGGCACCACAACA